GCAUAGAGUAACUAUGAAAAAUGUAUUAUUCCCUCUAAGAUAUGAUAACUCAACAAUAAAAUCAGCGAAAUCAAAAAAUAUAUAUUCAUUUAUUGAAAAUCUCGUUGUCAUGCGAGCUGGAAACGAGACAACGCGAGAAUAAACAACAAGCAUGGCAGACACUACGGCUACACUCACUGUUGGUGGGGACAGAACUACGGGCCAGUCCGUCCGUUCACAGAAUGUGAUGGCAGCCAGUUCAAUAGCUAAUAUCGUCAAAAGCAGUCUUGGUCCAGUGGGAUUGGACAAAAUGUUGGUAGAUGAUAUUGGUGAUGUGACUAUUACCAAUGACGGUGCCACCAUUCUUAAGCUACUCGAGGUAGAACACCCAGCAGCUAAAAUCUUGGUGGAGUUAGCAGAACUCCAGGACCAGGAAGUCGGAGAUGGUACAACUUCUGUGGUGAUAAUUGCUGCAGAGCUGUUAAAAAAUGCUGAUGACUUGGUGAAAUGUAAGAUACACCCUACAUCCAUAAUCAGUGGCUACAGAUUAGCUUGCAAGGAAGCCUGUAAGUAUGUCCAGGAACACCUCACCAUCAAUGUAGAAGAACUUGGCCGUGACUGUAUCAUAAACGCUGCCAAGACCAGCAUGUCCAGCAAAAUCAUUGGAUCCCAAUCAGAUUUCUUCUCCAACAUGGUGGUUGAUGCUGCCUAUGCUAUAAAGACAUCAGAUGGAAAGGGAGGGUACAGGUAUCCUAUCAAGGCCGUUAAUGUUCUCAAAGCCCAUGGCCGUAGCUCCAAUGAGAGUACUCUGAUCCAGGGCUACGCCCUCAAUUGUACAGUCGCUUCACAAGCCAUGCCCAAGAAGAUCACAAAUGCAAAGAUAGCCUGUUUAGAUUUUGGUUUGAUGAAAGCAAAGAUGAAGAUGGGUGUUCAGGUGCUCAUAGAAAAUCCAGAAGAUCUGGAUGGAGUACGACAGAAGGAGUCUGAUAUUACCAAGGAAAGAAUAGAGAAGAUCAUGUCUUCUGGAGCCAAUGUUAUCCUGACCACAGGAGGUAUUGAUGAUCUCUGCCUUAAGUACUUUGUGGAGGCUGGAGCCAUGGCUGUACGUAGAUGUAAAAAGGUGGAUCUGAGGAGGAUCGCCAAGGCAACAGGAGGGCAACUGGUGCUUACAUUGGCCAACUUAGAGGGUGAAGAGUCUUUUGAUCCCAGCAUGCUCGGACAAGCAGAGGAGGUGAUACAGGAACGUGUCUCAGAUGACGAGCUCAUCCUCAUUAAAGGAACAAAGGCAAGAUCUGCAGCCUCCAUCAUCCUACGUGGAGCAAACGACUUCAUGUGUGAUGAGAUGGAACGUUCAGUACAUGAUGCCUUGUGUGUGGUAAAGCGUGUCCUGGAGUCCAAAUCUGUCGUACCUGGGGGAGGGGCUGUGGAGGCUGCUCUGUCAAUCUACCUGGAGAAUUACGCUACCUCUCUGGGAUCCAGAGAACAGUUAGCCAUUGCCGAGUUUGCACGGUCCCUGCUGGUCAUCCCUAAACAGUUGGCUGUUAAUGCUGCCCAGGACUCCACAGACUUAGUGGCCAAGCUCCGCGCGUAUCACAACAUGUCUCAGACCAAACAGGAGCACCGAGACCUUCGCUGGAUUGGCCUUGACCUUUAUGAAGGGAAAGUCAAAGACAACAAAAAACAGGGUGUGUUUGAACCAACAAUUUCAAAGAUCAAAUCACUCAAGUUUGCUACAGAGGCGGCCAUUACAAUCCUGAGAAUAGAUGAUUUGAUCAAACUGACUCCUGAGAAGAAGGAUGGAAAUUCCUACCAGGACGCCCUCAACAGAGGCCAGCUAUAAAAUAACACUAGGACUAAUAUUUAUUUUGAAUUCCAUUUUACAGUGCUCAUCAUGUAAGCUUCAUGCAAUGUGAAAAGGACAGUAUUGUGGAUAUGAGUGAUGCUAUAAUCAAAAGAAUUAUGGCGUUAUUUGUCUUAUUAUAAAGGAUUGACUGUGAACAAAUUCUAUCAUUAUAUGUGUUUGUAUGUAGUGCAUACCCACCCAAAUGUCAGCUGUAAAACCUUAUUAAAUAACAAAAACAGGUA